CUACUCACACCCCCACGCACACCGAUGCCAGCCCUCCUAACGGCCUCGCAGAGCAGGUGGGCGCUGCACGCGUUCAUCGCCAUCCUAUCAGUGGCGGCGAUCGCGUCGAGCGCGCCAAGAACCAACGGCGUCGGCGACAUGCUCCACGGCUCGCGCGGGCGCGAGGGCACGCAUCACUCGGGCUCGGGCGGCGACGAGGACGAAGAAGACUACUCCGGCGACGUGCGCGGCGUCAUCGUGCUCGUCGGCUUGACGGGCUUGGCGGGCGUGCUGCUCCUGCGCGGCGUCGACGCGCUCGUGCCCCGCCCUUGGAGGUAUUACCUCGACCGGAUCGAGUUCAACUUUGCCGCCAUGAUGUGGAUCCUAUGGACGUCCGCAACCAUGGCCUUCUCCGCCGUGAUAGUCAACGACGGCGUCUGCGCGAGCUCGCUGUCCGUCGUCCGCCUCCCCGCCUGCCCGCUCCUCACGUUCGACCUGGCGGUGCUACACCUCCUAUCCGUCUCAUCGCUCGCCCUACUCCUCGUCAUCCUCUCGUCGAUCUGCAAGCCGGGGUAUGAGAUGAGCCACUCGCUCCUCAGCGAGAGCGACAGCGAGUCGGGCUCGCCAAAGGGCGGCGGACUCGUGCUCUGGGACUUGGCGCUCGCGCCGAUCCCCGAGCCCGCCGCAGGGCCGAGUAGCGCGCUGCGGUCGACGUACGGCACGGUCGAGGCGGUCGAGGCGGCGGCCGCAGCGCCAGACUUCUCGCCGCCCCCCGCGCCACGCGACAAGUUUGCCGAGGGCCGUUUGUGGUCCUAUGUCCCGCUGGUGGUGUGCUCGCUCGGCGUGGUGGUGUGCGCGGCCAUCUUGGCCGGCAUGGCGGGGUCGAGUGUUGGAGGCAGCGUCUUCAUCAUCGUCACGGGCGUCAUCUCCACCAUCUUCGGCAUAACAUGCCUCGCGGUCCACUUCACCAAGCCGUCCGACCCGAGCCAGCUGUCAUGGAACGACGACGAGAGCCUGUCCUUCCUGCGCACGCACGACCGCGCGAUCGAAGUAGCCUUCGCGACGCUCCUCUUCCUGCUGUGGCCGCUCGCAGCGGUAGUGUACACCAUGUUCCCCGCGACGGCGAACCGGCCGUGCGUCAACCCCGAGGCGCGCACGGGGCCGGGGGACAGCCUCGACCCGGGCAGUCUGCACGGGUACACGGGCACGCUGUGCAUGCUGUCCGCGGCGGCGAUCACGAUGGCGUGGUUCGCGAGCUGGAUCCUGUUCGCGCGUGUGCUGGGCCUCAUGUUCCCCAUGCCCAGUGUCGGGUGGCAGCGCGCCGCGGCCGCCCGCCGCGUCGAAGAGGCCGGCGAGGAGGGCCGCGGGUUGUUGGAGGCGGCGGAGCCUGCCGUGCCCGCACCCCGCCCGCAGGUCAAGUAUGGCCGUAUUGUCGCCGGCGAGGCGUUUGAGCUCGGCGACGAGGAGGACUAGGCGGAGGAGAGGGGGAGGGUGAGGCGCGAAGACGCCGACGCCGACGGCGCCGCCUGGCGCGCGCGCAAAGACAGACUGUUGUGAUCCUACAUUAUCAGUAUACUACGAACGACGGAACAGAUAGAAGGCAGCUGGGCUGUAGUUGGCCUGCUGCGCAUAGCCGAUGUACGAGUGCG